AUGGUGAAUAUACAGCAAGCAGUUACAGCUGUGUUCUUGGCGUUAUCACUUGUCCAGUGCCAGCAGCAACAGCAGCAGCAACCAAUACCAACAUCCAUAUCAGAUUCACAAACAACGACAUUAUCAUCGAAAAAGCCUGUGUUCACUUCAACAGACUCUUUGUCUUCAUCGUCUUCUUCCACCUGCGGUACUAAUGGCAACACGGAUACCAUCUGCUCUCCAAAAGCAGGCGAUGUAUGGAGGAAUGGUACUUGGUACCCAAUUACAUGGAAUACAAUGUACCCAACUUAUGUUUCUUCUCCGGCACUAGAUAUCUACAUUUACUAUGUACAAAACUAUCAAAACAUCCUUAUAAAGAAGAUUUCCGAUAUAAACACAUCAAAAGGCAGCGUGGCUGUGCUUGUCGACGAUUCAUGGAGAGUGGAUCCCUCUGCACAGACCUAUGAAAGUUUAAUUUAUAUCGUACCAAAUGGCAUUAACCCAGAAAAAGAGUUAGCAAAUCGAUAUUCGGAUUAUCCUCCACCUAUACAUAACUUGGUAGAACAACCGGCUCUAGUGCCAUUACCCACUACGAUGCCUGCCGCUACCAAUGUGAGCUCAACAGAAGCGUCUGCUUCCAUGACAUACAACCCUUCGUCCACAUUAUCACCAACACCAGUCCCAAUACCAACCAAUGUAGACUUAUCGGCUGCAGAUGCAAAGAGCAAGAAAGAGGCUGGUCCAGAAGCUCAUCCAAUUCAGCCCUGGGUUAUUGCAGCUGUUGUGCUAGCAUGCUUAGCUGUACUAGGUGCAUGCCUUGCCAUAUUCUGGGUCAUGCAGCAUAGUAGAAGAAGGAAGUUAGUGUAUGGAGAAAAGGGACACUUGGAACUCAACAGUACAGCAAGCAGCUCCAUGUUUCCUGUCCUACAUCAAGACGGUAGCAGCAAAGAGAAGCUCAAUGCCAUGUCCACCAUCUCUCUGAACCAACCUACCAUCAAUACCACUGUUACUACACCUGUACGUUUCUAUGGCACAGCACACACAGGAAGUGAAAGAGGCUCUCUUAAGAGCCAUACAGCACCCAACAGCCCUUUGAACAAUGCUGCAACCACAAACAUGGGAGGUUUCAUUUCAACGCCCUCGCUACCCUUGGACGGCCAAAUCUACAUGCUUGGCGAUGGCGCGCGUCCUCAAUCCACUGCUUCAUUUAGCAAUAUUUCCAGUCGAUCUGAACCUCCUUUGACCUCGACAGACGCUCUUUUGAUUGCAGAUACCUUUCGCCAACGCAUGAGAAGGCCAGAGUGGCAGCAACAACAGCAGCAAUUACAGAAGAAAGAGGAUGAAGAGGCAGAAGAGGAGGAUAAGAGACGGCAGCUGAGCGAACAAUUGUUGAAAAAAGAAUUGGAAGCUGAAGGUACAUUGAUGAAGAAGGUUGGAAAAAGGGCACAUUUGCUGGCUGCCACGUAUCAACAACAGCAACAGCAAUAA